UUUCUUCCUCCUUUUUUGUUUUUUUUUCCACCGUUCUCCCCUCUUCCGGGCCGGGCUGUGCCUGCCAGCGGGGCGGGGCGAGCCCUGCGCCCUCCGCCCAUCCCGCACCGCAUCCCGCACCCGCCGCCGCCGCCGCCCAGCAUGGUCAUCAAGGUCUACAUCGCCUCCUCCUCGGGCUCCACGGCGAUUAAAAAGCAGCAACAAGAUGUGUUAGGUUUCUUGGAAGCCAACAAAAUUGAAUUUGAGGAAAAGGAUAUCGCUGCCAAUGAGGAGAAUCGGAAAUGGAUGCGUGAGAACGUCCCUGAGGACAGCCGGCCAGCAAGCGGGAACCCCCUGCCGCCCCGGCUCUUUAACGACAGCCGGUACCUCGGGGACUACGAAGCUUUCUUUGAAGCUCGAGAGAACAAUGCGGUAUACGCGUUCUUAGGCUUGACCGCGCCACCUGGUUCCAAGGCAACCGAGGCACUGGCAAAGCAGCAAGCGUGAAUUUCAACUGCCUUAACCGUUCUGUAAAGGGAAUUUCCACAGCUUUUUAUAAAAUAAUACAAUUGUCUCCGCUUCAAGAAGUGCAGAUGUGAUUCCUAACAUGUGAUUGGUGCUUGCAGCAUUUACCGUACACAAUACAAAUUCGACCACGAGAUGAAAAUGUGAACAUAAAGGUAGAGAGCAUUGAGCAUAUUGUUACAAAGUUGGAAGUAUAGGAAGCUGAAACAAUUAGACAUGAAUGAUUUUCACGUAGUUUAAACUGUCCUGGCAAUCUGUCUGUUUUGUGUAAACUCUGAGGAACUAUUUUAGUACUAAUAAUGCAGAUGGGGUUAUACCUAGAGAUCUGACUAGUUAAAUACGGAAAACAAGCAACAGCACCCACACCCAUGUCAGAUACUAACUGCAGUGCCUGAGUUGCUUCAAAAACAUUACUGAAUUACACAGUGCUUUUUCAGUGUCUUUCCUGGUUUCAGGUGGAAUUGUAGGUGGUAUCGUGUAGUGCAGCCAUUGUAGUCACUUUGGGAGUUACAUUUGUAGAGUGGGUAUUUAAGAU